UAUACUCAAUUCAUAUCAAUACGUUAUCGGGAAAGCAGAGGUCCCUAAAUUUUUGCUGAUUAAACCCUAUUGCAUCAUCUAUCCUUCCCAAGAGAAGCAGAUGGCCGUCGCCAGUGCCGGAGAUCUCUCCGCGGCAAUUGGGUCAGAUCACGACAGAUUGCAAGAUCUGAAAGCCUUUGAUGACACCAAAACUGGUGUCAAAGGACGAGUGGACGCUGGCAUCGUCAAGAUCCCCAACAUUUUCAUCCGGCCGCCGGAGGACAUGAUCAAGACGUCGGCCGCUGAUAUGACCGAUAUCCAGAUUCCAAUCAUAGAUAUGGAAGGCAUGGAAAGCGAUCGACGGUUGGAGAUUGUUGAUAAGAUCCGAAGUGCGUCGGAAACUCGGGGUUUCUUUCAAGUGGUGAAUCGUGGGGUCCUAGUAAGUUUACUGGAUGAGAUGAUUAAAGGUGUUUGUAGGUUUUUCAAGCAACCAGAUGAGGCGAAGAUGGAAUAUUACACACGUGAUUCGAAGAGAAAGGUCUUGUAUUCUAGCAAUUUCGAUCUGUACCAAUCAACGGCUGCGAAUUGGAGGGACAUCUUGUUUUGUGUGAUGGCCCCUGAUCCAUUCGACCCACCCUGAUGAAUUGCCUAUCGCU